GCAAGAGCAGCUUUUUCUAUUCAAAUUCUUUUCCUUGUAUGUAGAUACCAAAAGGAAACUCGGCACUGGGCAUGUUCGGAUGUGAAUGGUUUUGCUGAUAAGCAACAGCCUCCGGAACCAAAGCCUCAAAAUAGUCGUCUCCCCCGCCCCCCGCAGAAGCUGCGAAUGGUAUCUGCCAAACAGAUGACAAAGUACCUCGGACUGAAUCCCACAGACAGCGUUUUGAGCAGAACACACGGCUCAACUCUUGUAAUUACUGUUUAUAGCUGGCCGAGCCUGACUAGGAGAGGGCAGACCCGAGAGGAAAUCAGUUUCCCGGACCUUUGAGAGGAGGCUGUGUGUUAAUUAAAGACUAGGACGGGACGGGUACUUCUCAGACAUGCUCCAAGUUGUUCUUGAGAUCACAGUUCCCACCACGUUUUCUCUGGAGGGAGUGAGUAGAUAAUUGGGAUUUUUUUUUUUUUUUUUUUGGUCUUGUCUUUCUUCCUUUUUUUUUUUUUUUUCUUCUUUUUCUUUUUCCUCUCCCCAUUUUAGUCAUAUGGCCUUGAACCCACAGUGAAUUGAAGAGAGAAAGAAAUGGAUAUGUCUGACCCCAAUUUUUGGACUGUGCUCUCAAACUUUACUUUGCCUCAUUUGAGGAGUGGGAACAGGCUUCGGCGAACACAAAGUUGCCGAACAAGCAACCGGAAAAGCCUAAUAGGCAAUGGGCAGUCACCAGCAUUGCCUCGACCACACUCACCUCUCUCUGCUCAUGCAGGAAAUAGCCCUCAAGAUAGUCCAAGAAAUUUCUCCCCCAGUGCCUCAGCCCAUUUUUCAUUUGCACGGAGGACUGAUGGACGCCGCUGGUCGUUGGCUUCUCUCCCUUCCUCUGGCUAUGGGACAAACACACCCAGCUCUACGGUCUCUUCAUCCUGUUCCUCCCAGGAGAAGUUGCAUCAGUUACCAUACCAACCAACACCGGACGAGUUACACUUCUUGUCGAAACAUUUCUGUACCACCGAAAGCAUCGCCACUGAGAACAGAUGCAGGAACACGCCGAUGCGCCCCCGUUCCCGAAGUCUGAGCCCUGGACGUUCUCCCGCCUGCUGUGACCAUGAAAUAAUUAUGAUGAACCAUGUCUACAAAGAAAGGUUCCCAAAGGCUACAGCUCAGAUGGAAGAACGUCUAAAGGAAAUUAUCACCAGCUACUCUCCUGACAAUGUUCUACCCCUAGCAGAUGGAGUGCUUAGUUUCACUCACCACCAGAUUAUUGAACUGGCUCGAGAUUGCUUGGAUAAAUCCCACCAGGGCCUCAUCACCUCACGAUACUUCCUUGAAUUACAGCACAAAUUAGAUAAGUUGCUACAGGAGGCUCAUGAUCGUUCAGAAAGUGGAGAACUGGCAUUUAUUAAACAACUAGUUCGAAAGAUUCUAAUUGUUAUUGCCCGCCCUGCUCGGUUAUUAGAGUGCCUGGAAUUUGAUCCGGAAGAAUUUUACUACCUAUUGGAAGCAGCAGAAGGCCAUGCCAAAGAAGGACAGGGUAUUAAAACUGACAUUCCCAGGUACAUCAUUAGCCAACUGGGACUCAAUAAGGAUCCCUUGGAAGAAAUGGCUCAAUUGGGAAACUACGACAGUGGAACAGCAGAAACUCCAGAAACAGAUGAAUCAGUGAGUAGCUCUAAUGCCUCCCUGAAACUUCGAAGGAAACCUCGGGAAAGUGAUUUUGAAACGAUUAAAUUGAUUAGCAACGGAGCCUAUGGGGCAGUCUACUUUGUUCGGCAUAAAGAAUCCCGGCAGAGGUUUGCCAUGAAGAAGAUUAAUAAACAGAACCUCAUCCUUCGAAACCAGAUCCAGCAGGCCUUUGUGGAGCGGGAUAUCCUGACUUUUGCAGAAAACCCCUUUGUUGUCAGCAUGUAUUGCUCCUUUGAAACAAGGCGCCACUUGUGCAUGGUCAUGGAAUAUGUGGAAGGGGGAGACUGUGCUACUUUAAUGAAAAACAUGGGUCCUCUCCCUGUUGAUAUGGCCAGAAUGUACUUUGCUGAGACAGUCUUGGCCUUGGAAUAUUUACAUAAUUAUGGAAUUGUACACAGGGAUUUGAAACCAGACAACUUGUUGGUUACCUCCAUGGGGCACAUAAAGCUGACAGAUUUUGGAUUAUCUAAGGUGGGACUAAUGAGCAUGACUACCAACCUUUAUGAGGGUCAUAUUGAGAAGGAUGCUCGGGAGUUCCUGGAUAAACAGGUCUGCGGCACACCUGAAUACAUUGCACCAGAAGUGAUUCUGAGGCAGGGUUAUGGAAAGCCGGUGGAUUGGUGGGCCAUGGGGAUUAUCCUCUAUGAAUUUCUGGUUGGAUGCGUGCCCUUCUUUGGGGAUACUCCAGAAGAGCUAUUUGGACAAGUCAUCAGUGAUGAGAUCAACUGGCCUGAGAAGGAUGAGGCACCCCCACCUGAUGCCCAGGAUCUGAUUACCUUACUCCUCAGGCAGAAUCCCCUGGAGAGGCUGGGAACAGGUGGUGCAUAUGAAGUCAAACAGCAUCGAUUCUUCCGUUCUUUAGACUGGAACAGUUUACUGAGACAGAAGGCAGAAUUUAUUCCCCAACUGGAAUCUGAGGAUGACACAAGUUAUUUUGAUACUCGGUCUGAGAAGUAUCAUCAUAUGGAAACGGAGGAAGAAGACGACACAAAUGAUGAAGAUUUUAAUGUGGAAAUAAGGCAGUUUUCUUCAUGUUCACAUAGGUUUUCAAAAGUUUUCAGCAGUAUAGAUCGAAUCACUCAGAAUUCAGCAGAAGAGAAGGAAGACUCUGGGGACAAAACCAAAAGCACAACCUUGCCAUCCACAGAAACACUGAGCUGGAGUUCAGAAUAUUCUGAAAUGCAACAGCUAUCAACAUCCAACUCUUCAGAUACUGAAAGCAACAGACAUAAACUCAGUUCUGGCCUACUUCCCAAACUGGCUAUUUCAACAGAGGGAGAACAAGAUGAAGCUGCCUCCCGCCCUGGAGACCCCCAUGAGGAGCCAGGAAAGCCAGCCCUUCCCCCUGAAGAGAGUGCCCAGGAGGAGCCCGAGGUCACCACUCCAGCCAGCACCAUCAGCAGCUCCACCCUGUCAGUUGGCAGUUUUUCAGAGCACUUGGAUCAGAUAAAUGGACGAAGCGAGUGUGUGGACAGUACAGAUAAUUCCUCAAAGCCAUCCAGUGAACCCGCUUCUCACAUGGCUCGACAGCGAUUAGAAAGCACAGAAAAAAAGAAAAUCUCUGGGAAAGUCACAAAGUCCCUCUCUGCCAGUGCUCUGUCCCUCAUGAUCCCAGGAGAUAUGUUUGCUGUUUCCCCUCUGGGAAGUCCAAUGUCUCCCCAUUCCCUGUCCUCGGACCCUUCCUCUUCACGAGAUUCCUCUCCCAGCCGAGAUUCCUCAGCAGCUUCUGCCAGUCCACAUCAGCCGAUUGUGAUCCAUAGUUCAGGGAAGAACUACGGCUUUACCAUCCGAGCCAUCCGGGUGUAUGUGGGAGACAGUGACAUCUAUACAGUGCACCAUAUCGUCUGGAACGUAGAAGAAGGAAGUCCAGCGUGCCAGGCAGGACUGAAGGCUGGAGACCUUAUCACACACAUCAAUGGAGAACCGGUGCAUGGACUCGUCCACACAGAAGUUAUAGAGCUCCUACUGAAGAGUGGGAAUAAGGUGUCAAUCACUACUACCCCAUUUGAAAACACAUCCAUCAAAACUGGACCAGCCAGGAGAAACAGCUAUAAGAGCCGGAUGGUGAGGCGGAGCAAGAAAUCCAAGAAGAAGGAAAGUCUCGAAAGGAGGAGAUCUCUUUUCAAAAAGCUAGCCAAGCAGCCUUCUCCUUUACUCCACACCAGCCGAAGUUUCUCCUGCUUGAACAGAUCCCUGUCGUCGGGCGAGAGCCUCCCAGGUUCCCCCACUCAUAGCUUGUCUCCCCGGUCUCCAACACCAAGCUACCGCUCCACCCCUGACUUCCCAUCUGGUACUAAUUCCUCCCAGAGCAGCUCUCCUAGUUCUAGUGCCCCUAAUUCUCCGGCAGGGUCCGGGCACAUCCGGCCCAGCACUCUCCACGGUCUGGCACCCAAACUCGGCGGGCAGCGGUACCGGUCCGGAAGGCGAAAGUCGGCUGGCAACAUCCCACUGUCCCCGCUGGCCCGGACGCCCUCUCCAACCCCGCAACCCACCUCCCCGCAGCGGUCACCAUCCCCUCUUCUGGGACACUCACUGGGCAAUUCCAAGAUCGCGCAAGCCUUUCCCAGCAAGAUGCACUCCCCGCCCACCAUCGUCAGACACAUCGUGAGGCCCAAGAGUGCGGAGCCGCCCAGGUCCCCGCUGCUCAAGCGCGUGCAGUCCGAGGAGAAGCUGUCGCCCUCUUACGGCAGUGACAAGAAACACCUGUGCUCCCGCAAGCAUAGCCUGGAGGUGACCCAAGAGGAGGUACAGCGGGAGCAGUCCCAGCGGGAGGCGCAGCUGCAGAGCCUGGAUGAGAACGUGUGCGACGCGCCACCACUGAGCCGCGCCCGGCCCGUGGAGCAAGGCUGCCUGAAACGCCCGGUCUCCCGGAAGCUGGGCCGCCAGGAGUCUGUGGAUGACCUGGACCGCGACAAGCUGAAGGCCAAGGUGGUGGUGAAGAAGCCAGAUGGCUUCCCAGAGAAACAGGAAUCCCACCAGAAAUCCCAUGGACCCGGGAGUGAUUUGGAAAACCUUGCUCUGUUUAAGCUGGAAGAGAGAGAGAAGAAAAUCUAUCCGAAGGCUGUGGAAAGGUCAAGUCUCUUUGAAAACAAAGCGGCUAUGCAGGAGGCGCCACCGCUGGGCAGCCUGCUGAAGGACGCUCUUCACAAGCAGGCCAGCGUGCGUGUCAGCGAGGGUGCGAUCUCGGAUGGCCCGGUGCCUGUGGAGCACGGCCAGGGUGGCGGGGACUUCAGACGGGCCCCUGCUCCUGGCACCCUCCAGGAUGGUCUUUGCCACUCCCUCGACAGGGGCAUCUCCGGGAAGGGGGAAGGCACGGAGAAGGCCCCCCAGGCCAAGGAGCUUCUCCGAUGUGAGAAGUUAGACAGCAAGCUGGCCAACAUCGAUUACCUCCGAAAGAAAAUGUCACUUGAGGACAAAGAGGACAACCUCUGCCCUGUGCUGAAGCCCAAGAUGACAGCUAGCACCCACGAAUGCCUGCCAGGGAACCCCGUCCGACCCAUAGGUGGGCAGCAGGAGCCCCCACCAGCUUCUGAGAGCCGAGCUUUUGUUGGCAGCACCCAUGCAGCUCAGAUGAGUGCCGUCUCUUUCGUUCCCCUCAAGGCCUUAACAGGCCGGGUGGACAGUGGAACGGAGAAGCCUGGCUUGGUUGCUCCUGAGUCCCCUGUUAGGAAGAGCCCCUCCGAGUAUAAGCUGGAAGGUAGGUCUGUCUCAUGCCUGAAGCCGAUUGAGGGCACUCUGGACAUUGCUCUCCUGUCCGGACCUCAGGCCUCCAAGACAGAACUGCUUUCCCCGGAGUCUGCACAGAGCCCUAGCCCAAGUGGUGACGUGAGGCCCUCUGUGCCACCAGCUCUCCCCAACAGCAGUGGGAAAAGGAGUGAUACCACCAGUGCGAGAGAGCUUUCUCCUUCCAGCUUAAAGAUGAAUAAAUCCUACCUGCUUGAGCCUCGGUUCCUGCCCCCCAGCCGGGGUCUCCAGAAUUCACCAGCAGUUUCCCUGCCUGACCCAGAGUUAAAGAGGGACAGGAAAGGUCCCCAUCCUACUGCCAGGAGCCCCGCAACAGUCAUGGAAAGCAAUCCCCAACAGAGAGAGAGCAGCUCCCCCAGAUGCCAAGACCACACCACCGACCCCAAGCUUCUGACCUGCCUAGGGCAGAACCUCCACAGCGUUGACCUGGCCAGGCCACGCUGCCCACUCCCACCUGAAGCUUCCCCGUCAAGGGAGAAGCCAGGCCUGAGGGAAUCGUCUGAAAGAGGCCCUUCCACAGUCAGAAGUGAGCGCUCUGCUGCGAGGACUGACAUACGCAGAGAGCCCUCCAUGGAACUGUGCUCUUCAGAAACUGUGAAAACCAGUGACAACUCCAAAAACCUCCUCUCUCUGGGCAGGACCCACCCAGAUUUCUAUACACAGACCCAGGCCAUGGAGAAAGCAUGGGCGCUGGGUGGGAAAACGAACCACAAAGAUGGCCCAGAUGAAGCGAGGCCCCCGCCCAGAGAUGACAACUCUCUGCACUCAGCUGGAAUUCCCUGUGAGAAGGAGCUAGGCAAGGUGAGGCGUGGCGUGGAACCCAAGCCCGAAGCCCUUCCUGCCAGGCGGUCUCUGCAGCCACCUGGAAUUGAGAGUGAGAAGAGUGAAAAGCUCUCCAGUUUCCCAUCUUUGCAGAAAGAUGGUGCCAAGGAACCUGAAAGGAAAGAGCAGCCUCUACAAAGGCAUCCCAGCAGUAUCCCUCCGCCCCCUCUGACCUCCAAAGACCUGCCCAGCCCGGCUGCCAGGCAGCAUUGCAGUUCCCCAAGCCACGCUUCUGGCAGAGAGCCGGGGGCCAAGCCCAGCACUGCAGAGCCCAGCCCGAGCCCCCAGGACCCUCCCAAGCCUGUUCCUGCGCACAGUGAAAAUAGCAGCCACAAGCCCCGGCCUGGCCCUGACCCGGCCCCUCCAAAGUCUAAGCACCCUGACCGGUCCCUCUCCUCUCAGAAGCCAAGUGUUGGGGCCACAAAGGGCAAAGAGCCUGCCACUCAGUCCCUCGGCAGCGGUAGCAGAGAAGGGAAGGGCCACAGUAAGAGUGGGCUGGAUGUGUUUCCUGCCACCCCAGGCUCCCAGAACAAAGCCAACGAUGGAAUUGGCCAGGGACAAAGUGGGCCCUCUGUCCCACUGCACACUGACAGGGGUCCUCUAGACACCAAGCCACAAUCCACCAGUGGUGGGCGGCCCCUCGAGGUGCUGGAGAAGCCCGUGCAUUUGCCAAGGUCGGGACACCCAGGGCCUAGUGAGCCAGCGGACCAGAAACUGUCCACUGUCGGUGAAAAGCAAACCCUGUCUCCAAAGCACUCCAAACCAUCCACUGUGAAAGACUGCCCCACCCUGAGCAAACAGACAGACAACAGACAGACAGACAAAAGCCUGAGUCAGCCGGCCGCCACCACCGACAGAAGGGCGGAAGGGAAGAAAUGCACCGAAGCACUUUAUGCUCCCGCAGAGGGCGACAAGCUCAAGGCCGACCUUUCCUUUGCGCAAAGCGAGGCCCGGUUGAAAGGCGCGGAGCGGCCAGCCGCAGCGGUGGGGAAGGGCUUCCCUGAGGCCAGAGGGAAAGGGUCCGGUCCCCAGAAGCCACCGACGGAGGCAGACAAGCCCAGCGGCAUGAAACGCUCCCCCUCAGCCACCGGGCAGAGUUCUUUCCGAUCCACGGCCCUCCCUGAAAAGUCUCUGAGCUGCUCCUCCAGCUUCCCUGAAACCAGGACCGGAGUUAGAGAGGCCUCUACAGCCAGCAGCGACAUCUCUUCUGCCAAGGCUGCCGGGGGCGCGCUGGAGCCUCCAGCCCCCAGCAACAGGGACCAUAGGAAGGCUCAGCCUGCGGGGGAGGGCCGAACCCACAUGACAAAGAGUGACUCCCUGCCCUCCUUCCGGGUCUCCACCCUGGCUUUGGAGUCACACCACCCCGACCCAAACACCGUGGGCGGAGCCAGCCACCGGGACCGGGCGCUCUCGGUGACUGCCACCGUAGGGGAAACCAAAGGGAAGGACCCUGCCCCAGCCCAGCCUCCCCCAACUAGGAAACAGAACGUGGGCAGAGACGUGACCAAGCCAUCCCCAGCCCCAAACACUGACCGCCCCAUCUCCCUUUCUAAUGAGAAGGACUUUGUGGUACGGCAGAGGCGGGGGAAAGAGAGUUUGCGUAGCAGCCCUCACAAAAAGGCCUUGUAACGGGGCAGGCCCCGGGGCAGGACUGUGGAGACCCGUCCUGAACGGGCGACUGUCUUGACUACCUUUCAAAACCAGCACUGUGUGGGAAUGUCCGCCAGGCAGAGCUCGGAGCCUCAUUGAGAAAGGGGAGAGAGAAAGACAAAGAGAGGACCUUCUUCCAGAUGCCUUCCCAGUUGUAACCGGUAAAACUGUUACCAGAUAGUGUUUGUACAAAA